UGGAGAUGGAGUAGGUGGAUGCCAUCUAUCUUGCUGUUCUUAUGGUGGACACCGUGGUAAAUAUCAUGCUUGCCACAACCAUUCAUCGGAAUGGGCCAGGCACAACAUUUCACCUGAACCUGGUCCUAUCAGAUCUUACUGGAUAACGAAAAGGACUUCCUCCGAUCAUGUUUCUCAUUGUGCAAAAGGAUCUGACAGACAGAUACGCCCAGCAGGAGGUUAUAGGAAGAAUUAUUCUGCUAACCAGGGGAGUGGCAGUCAGAACAGACCGUAUCAUGAUGAUAGCUAUCUACCAACUAAAUUCCUGGAUGACCAUUUUCCUGAGAUAGAUGCUGCAAAACAUCAGUCUUACUUAUGCGAUUUUCAAUCUUCAAGUAAGCAUAUUCCUGUUCACCCCUCACAUGGUCAAUCAUGUCAAAGGAAUGAAGUAGCAGAGACCAGUUAAUCGAUUUCAUCCCAUCCACCAUAAGCAACUUGAGCGCCGUCCCAAUGAAGAUUUUCAUGAUUGCUUUGAUAGCAGUCAGAAAUUCAGAAAUGCUUAUAAUGACAAGGUAGUAAAAAGGAAAUUUAUAAAACAAGAUUUCCUUGGAAACACUUACAAUGGUGCUUGUGUUGGUAAAUAUGAUAGAAACAGUUGCAGGAAAAGGAAUGCAUAUCAUUUUGGUGGAGAGAAAACCAGGAAGAAUGACACAAAUAAGGACAGGUCUAAAAGGCUUCGCUGCCCCCUUGAGCAGGACCAACGGCAACAGGUUGAGUGCAACGAGAUGAGAAAUGAUAGUCGGGAGGGAAAUGUUGAAAUGACCAGGUUAGUGUGUCAAGAUGGAGCAAAACGGAACUUCAACCAAAAGAAGAAUGCUACAGCUCCUGCUUCUAGUGACUCAACAAAGUGUGAUGGGAAAAAUAUAUUAAGUCCCAAGUGCAGCAAAACUAUUGCUUCAUCACACACACCAAAUUUGAGCGAAGGAAGUAAUGACAUGGAUCCAAAAUCUGACAACUACGUUGAUGGUUGCACUGAAAGAGGUAUACUGCAGCAUAUUCCAGUCACCCAUACAGAGAGGAAUAUACAACUGAAAAUAUCAGAUAAUUUUACUCAGUCUGAGGCGUUUCGCCGAGAUUGUUUAAUCCUGUGGAGAGAAAGACAAUUAAGAAAGGAUAGUGCUGCUAAGGCUGAUAACAUCGUGAAACCUGACCAACAACAGACUGCACAAAGAAGCAAGAUGUCAACUGGAAGAAGAGUGGGGAGUGGAGGAUCUGCUGCGUCUUCUUGCUCAAAAAGCGAUAAUAAAGACGACUCUGCUCCAGAGUGUUCUGACCAAUUUAGUGGUGCAACAUCAUCUGAUAAACUACAAAAGUUUGGUGAAGGAAGAGCUAACAAAAAGUUAGAGCAGACCAUCAAAUUCCCCAGUAACAGUAAAUGCAACAAAAGGCCUCAAGACGCAACAGCUGAGAAAGUAUUGAAGUGUAGUCUCAAGCUUCUGUCAGAAGCAGAUCCUCUUGAAAUUGCACAACCUAAAGGAAAGGAAAAACUUGUUGACAGGAGGCAGGUAUCAACCGAACAUCAAGAUGCCAAGGCGCAUAGUAGUUUGAAUGGUUGUUCUGACACUUGUAAGGUGGAUCAAGCAGCUAUUUCGCACUGUCAUAAUAGUGCACAUCAGAAUAUUUCUCAACAGGAGAAAAAAAGUGCUGUUUCGGAUGCAAGAAGGGAAGAGAAACCAGGUGUAAAAUGUGAAAAGAAAGCAGCAGGCCAUAGUGCCAAACUGGCUGAACAAUCUACUGGUCUGUAUAGUGACCCAAUAUCACUGGACAAAGAGACUGUUGUUAGUUGUUCAAAGCAUGGCACUUCGAAGGUAAAUGCACUAAAGGUUCCAGAUCAUGAGAUUGGGAGUACUUCACUCGAUGGGUCAAUGCUGCCUCGAGGAACUGUGCAAAUCAUAACGUUGGGGGAGGGGCGGUGGAGGCAAAGGGAGGAGGUGAGGCGGAGAGAGGUCGCGUCGGCGGUGGAGGCAGGGGGCGAGCAACGCGGCAGAGAGGAACGUGCGGGGGGAGGUUAGGGAUUGGGUGGUCGCGUGGUGGAGAAGGAUGGAGUGUGGGAGACGCAGACACACGAUGCGAUAUGGACGGUCCGGAUCCAUGGACGGCAGAACGGCAGAACCAGGGAGGCAGACUACUCUUGCUCUCUUAAUAUGUUGUACAGAUAUCCUCCACUCCUUUCGUGCUAAUGCAUACUUCUAUCUACCAUCAUGUAGAGCCUCUGUCAACAAAUACAUUUACCUAAUUGUUGAUUAUUUGUUUGUUGCUGGUCUUUGUCAUAACAUUCACACUGUAUUUCCUAAUAGACAGUGCUGCAGCUGUUUGGUUGCAUUUUUCAGUAUACGAUUUUAUAUUAAAUGCGAAUUGAUGCCUAUUUUAUUGUACAGUCACAAGCCUUUUUCUCUACAAGUUCAAUGAAAUUUGAAUAUAUCCACAAUGAGUUUCUCUUAGUCAAAUGCCUUGAUUAUUUUUUUGCACACCAAGUGAUCUAGUGGCUCCUUGAUGAUCUAUUCAAGCUCGCAACCAGAAACAUGUUUCAAGUAGAGAAGAGCUUGUCAAGGAUCAGGUGAGGCGACUCACUUUGUGUAUCUGAAAUUAUGAAUGCUUUAAGCGAGUUUUUUUAUUUUAUUUUUUUAGUUUUAGAUAGUGACAAAAUUUGAGAGGAAAAGGAGCUUGAAUAGCAGGGCUCUAAUAACAUGCAAAAAGGUGAGGCGACUCACAGAGAGAAUGUCUAAUGCCUCCCCACUAUCAUUUUAUCUAAAAAUUAGCAUCAACCGAUAUAUACCGGAAGAAUGCAUAUAAACUUUAUACCCCAAUAAAAAACCCCCAAUACACAUAAGCUCGGCAUUGUAUUACUUAACAUAUGUCGUAUAAAAGUUAAGUAUUGAAAAGAAGUCAGUUCAUUUUAUGUUUGAGCGACAAAUUCACUAACAUAUCGCAGGCUACUAAA